AUGCCUCACAAAACUACUCAAUCCCAGCUAAGCAAAACUGAGAACCAACCACUGCUUGACGAUGAGGACGGUGAUACGCUUUUGCAGAGGCAAUUGGUGACGCUGAAGGUCUGCGGCUGGUUGUCGCUGCUACUAUACGUGGCACUAUCGCUAGCAGUCGCGUGGCGCACUUCGCUGCACUUCCUGCAUUCGAGCGCCAGCGCCAAGAAGGCCUUCCAUAUGACGCUACUCGUGUCGACGCUGUUGCAGCUUCCUGAGGCCGUCGAGUGGAUCUGGUACCCCACAUCACAGACCUGGGAGGUCAUGUACGUUUGUCGCCUUUACUCGCUGCUCCUGCUCUCCUUCUGCAAGUCCUACCUGGCUGUCUGCUGGGCUGGCGUCGUCUCGGCAGGCCAGCGACUAGCACGACGCCGCAUGACCAGGAUCGUCGCUGUGCUCAACGCGCUGCUGGUUCUCUGGGGCGUGAUCGUGCCUAUCUUAAUCGCUAGAUACAGUGACAACAUUUACGGCCAGUACAGCUUUAUGAAAAGUACGCUCCGAGGCGUGCUGACAUAUUCAGGUGUGAUUGUCGUGCUCGCGUACGGUAUCCUACUGGGAUACCAGGGCUUCCGUCUCCGUCGCCGCCUGAUUCUUGCUCGUGGAACUGUCCCAGCUGCCAGCGUGGAAAAAUCACUGAAUCAGCUCAUGCUCGCCAUCUUCAUCUUCAUCGUGUCGGACGUGGUGCGAAUCCUGGCGCUGAUACUCAACGAGGCGGGCGCUGCCAUGUCGAUGAUCGUGUAUCUAAUUCUCUACAACAUUAUCCCCAACGUCUUCCCGACUAUCUGCAUUCUGUACCUCAUGAGAAGGCUCACUGGACGAGGUGGCAGUGACGUCGGUGUGAGUCACAUGAAGGGGCUGGGCAGCAAGCGAACGCUGUCCAAGUACAUGACGGAGGCCGACUCGGACGGCAGCACUGGAAGCGACAAUGCUGAUCACGCCUGCAAUGACAAUGUCAUUGCCAGGGCGCAGUGGGAAUUGCAAUCCCAACAACGAUACCGUCACCACCAACAGGACCAGAUCCAGAGCGCUCGUGACACGCAGCUGUCUCCGACGUUCUGCUGGGUCCGCGAGUCCAUGGAGCCCCGCUGAGCUGGCCCAGAUUCAGCUAGAUAGACCAUUUCAAUUGGA